GUCCAUCCCACAUGGGCCCCGCGGGGGAGGCGCCGGCGGUGGUGACAGAGGCGCAGGGCUGGCGGCUGCACCUCUCGAGUCGCAGCAGCACCGGCUACGCAGGCGUGCGCAAGCAGGAGCAGGCGUCGGGCUCGCGCGGCCGCCGACUUCCCUCUGGGCGUCGGGCCGCUUCGCGGCGUACCACACGGUGGACGGACGACGGGUCUACGACGGCUCUUCGACUCGGCGGUGGAGGCGGCGGUGGCACGCGCGGGCGGAGGGGUCGGUGGACGGACAGGUCGCCGCCCGCCGGGCGCGAGGUGCGCUAGACUGGGAGACCACCUCACUAAGGAGCCUGGACCCAGUUCUCAUGAUUGUACAUGACUAGCGAUGUGUUAUAGUUC